AUGAGUUCCUAUUUCGUGAAUCCCACUUUCCCGGGGAGCCUACCCGGGGGCCAGGACUCCUUCCUCGGCCAGAUCCCCCUGUACCCGGCGGGCUAUGAUGCUCUCAGGCAUUUUCCGGCUUCGUACGGGGCAAGCAGCCUGCAGGACAAGACUUACACCUCACCCUGUUUCUACCAACAGUCCAACACCGUCAUUGCUUGCAAUCGGGCUUCCUAUGAGUACGGAGCCUCUUGUUUUUAUUCGGACAAGGACAUUAGUAGCGCCUCUCCCUCCGGCAGUGGCAAACAGAGAGGGCCCGGGGACUACCUGCACUUUUCUCCCGAUCAACAGUACAAAUCCAGCGGCGGCCAAGCCAAAAUUAUAAAUGACGAAGGUACCGACCGGAAGUACACGAGCCCUGUUUACCCCUGGAUGCAGCGGAUGAACUCCUGCGCUGGUACAGUAUAUGGAACACAUGGGAGACGAGGGAGGCAAACUUACACCAGAUACCAAACGCUAGAGUUAGAGAAGGAAUUUCAUUUUAACAGAUACUUAACCCGAAGACGACGUAUUGAGAUUGCAAACGCUCUCUGCCUUACUGAACGCCAGAUUAAAAUAUGGUUUCAAAACAGGCGGAUGAAAUGGAAAAAGGAAAACAAAUUCAUAAGUUCCACACAGCCAAGCAGCGAAGAAACAGAGGAAAAGUCAGGGGAGUAGAACCACUUUUAAUAAACGCUACCAGGCC